CAAAAAUCCAAAUGAAGUUUUUGUAUACUCUUUGGUCUUUUAACUUCAUUUUCGAAACAAAAAUGGUGCUUUCAUUCUUGUAUAAUUUGUACUCUUAAAUCUUGUAAGAGUCGUUGGUGUUUAUUCUGGAUUAUCCUAUUUAGUUUAAAUAGUGAACAUAAUUGUAAAUUUAUAGUAGAUGCAUUUUUGUCGGUAUUUUUUUAGCUUAAUCCACCGGUAAUUGGGAUUUGUGUAAAUUAACUCAGAAUGCAAGGUGAUGAUCCCCCCUUUCUACCAGUGGGUACAGAUGUAAGUGCCAAAUAUAAAGGGGCUUUCUGUGAAGCAAAGAUUAAGAAGGUUGUUCGCAACAUUAAAUGUAAGGUGACAUUAAAAGCAGGCGGUAUCACUACUGUGAAUGAUGAUGUUAUCAAAGGUACAUUAAGAGUUGGUGCCACGGUGGAAGUUAAGCAAGACCCAAAAAAAGAAGCUAUGGAAGCUGUUAUAACAAAGAUUCAAGACUGUAGUCAGUACACUGUUGUGUUUGAUGAUGGCGACAUAACUACACUACGACGCUCAGCGCUCUGUCUGAAGAGUGGGAGACAUUUUAAUGAAAGUGAAACAUUAGAUCAACUUCCACUUACGCACCCAGAGCACUUUUCAACACCAGUUAUAGCUGGAAGGAGAGGACGCAGAGGAAGGGCACAGUCGGACGACAGCGAGGGUGAGGGUAGCGGCCGGCGCGUGAAGGAGAGCAGCGCAGAGCGGGAGCCCCACGUGGGGCGCGUGGUGCUGGUGGAGGCGGCGGGCGGCGCGGAGCGGCGGCGGCCGCACCAGCCCGCCUUCCCCGCGCUCGUCGUGGCGCCCACCGCGCAGAUCAAGGUCAAGGAGGACUACCUCGUGCGCUCCUUCAAGGACGGCCGUUACUACACGGUCCCGAAGAAGGAGGCUCGCGAGUUCCGCAAGGGCUCGGCGCCGCAGGAGUGGGCGGGCGUGGAGGCGGCGCUGCAGUACCUCAACCACGGCGUGCUGCCGCCGCACUGGGACCGCGACUCGCUCUUCAACGAGCACGAGCCGCGCAACAUCUCCGACUGCGAUAGUUCGGAUGAUGAACCGCGCGAAGAAAAAGACCAUUUCGUGGCGCAAUUAUAUAAAUUUAUGGACGAUCGUGGCACCCCACUGAACCGCAACCCCACCAUUGCCAAUCGAGACAUCGAUUUGUAUCGACUAUUUAGAGUGGUCCAAAAAUUGGGGGGUUAUAAUAGAGUAACAAACCAGAAUCAAUGGAAGGCAAUCGCUGACAAAAUGGGAUUCCAUCCAGUUACAACAAGUAUUACUAAUCUCUGCAAGCAAGCUUAUAAAAAGUUCCUGCACAGCUUCGAAGACUUCUACCGCAAGCUGGGCGUGACGCUGGUGGCGCACCCGCGCGGCGCGCGCACGCCGCCCGCCGGCCGCUCGCUCAUCCGCGACCGCGACAAGCUGCCGCCCGCGAGCGGCGCGCCCGGGCCCCCCGCCUCGCCCGCGCCCGCCGCGCCCGCCGCGCAGACGCCCGCGCAGCGUUCAAAAGACAAAGACUCCGAUAAAAGUGAGACCGAGAAGAGUGAAGAAAAGAUAGAGAAAGCAGAAAAGAAGAGUAAGAUUCGUGCCAGCGACGAGGAUGACAGCGCCGACAACCAGCCGCUGAUCACAACCACACCAAAGAUUGACAAAGAAAAAGAGAAAGAAAAGGAAAAAGAGAAAGAAAAAGAAAGAGACAAAGAAAAGGAAAGAGAAAAAGACAAAAUCGCGUCCAUAAGUGAAGAGAAAGGUGUCAUAAAACCGCGUUCACACUCCAAGACACGAAGUCUACCACCUGUCAAGAUGGAAUCGCAUGACAAACGCACGCCCAAGAGAAAAACUUUGUCAUCUAAAGUGAGUGAAGGUUCAAGCAGUACGGGGCGUUCAUCUCGUCGUCCAAACGUUUCUACUGAUAGUGACAGUUCUGGUCGAGCUUCAAGGUGUGGAUUGUCAAAAAAAAUGCAGAGCCGUAGAAGUCAAAGUGCUAAUUCAGCGAGCAGUGGUAACACCAUUGCUUCGAACAGCAGUAAGAGGCCUCGGAAAAGAAAGACUACAGAGCCAUCAAUGAAUGAAUCAACACGUUCUGGUGGUUCUAAUGUAAAAGCUCAAGUAGGAGACAAAUUAAAGGUUUAUUAUGGCCCCACACAAUCAGAAUCGAAGGUGACGUAUGAGGCGAAAGUGAUCGAAGUGUCGCCGGAGGGCAUGCUGCGCGUGCACUACACGGGCUGGAACACUCGCUACGACGAGUGGAUCAAGCCGCAGCGCAUCGCGCUCAACGUCACGCAGCACGAGUCGCGCAACAAGAAGAUGGCAACUCUAAACAGACGUGCCAGGAGUAAAAGAACCGAAGAAUCAUCUGCCCGCUCCGACACCUACAGUGACUCGGAUAGUGACGAGAGUGUCAAAAGACCUGCUAAAAAAUCUGAUGAUAAAUCUAGCAUCAGCAAACUUUCAUCUAGGUCAAAAGAUCAGAAAUCUAGUGACAGCAGUAGUUCAAGUAAGCCGAGAAAAAGGCCCGUUAGAACCGUGUCAACCCCACAGGCAGCAUCGCCUCCUAAGAAACCUCGAUCUUCUGUCUCAAGUCAUCAUCAUCAAGGCCGGGACUACGAUCUAAACGAAAUUAGAUCGGAGUUAAAAGGGUUGCAUACAGUGAAACAAGAAGCUGACGAGUCUAUUAAAACAGAAAUAACAACAAAAGAAAGUAUUAUGAAUCCUGCAUUGAACACUACUCAACCGGCUGAACCAUCACGUCAAGAGAAACAGCCAGAAGAUGUCUACGAAUUCAAGGAACCAGAGCCGUUCGAGUUGGAACUGCAUGACGAGAAAAAGAAAAGGACUCAUCGUAUUUUUGACGAUAUAUCCCCAAGCAAAUAUCCGUCGACACUGGCGAAAUCUUUGAGUGAGGAAAUAUCAGAAGAUCCGUUGAGACCCCGACCUUCGUCUUUUCGCUCACCGUCUUUGUCGCCAUUCAGAGAUUUUGGAACAACUCGAGACGUUUCAGGAAGACAAAGUCCUGAUGAUGAUUCGAAGGAUGGUCUGUUUUCUUUAGACGACGAUUCUUUUCCGGGUGAGAGUAGUUCUGGUCCUAUAUUUGAAGGAUUUACACCAGCCAAAAAUCAAGAAACUUACUCGAAAAAGAGUAAGGUUACAAAACUUCGACAACUAAUAGACGAUUCGCCAGAUAGCCCAGCCGAUGAUGAACAGUCUUCUGAUGAUGAACCGGAGGUAGUAAUCAAACAAGAAAAAAGAGAUUCAAGUCCUAUUUUACAAAAUAUAGAAAAGGAACAAUCUUUAGAACCAAUUACAAUAGAAACAAGAACUCCAGAAUUGUCAAAAGAAGUAUCAGAUGCGAUUAGUGUUCUUAAAGAAAUUCCUGAAGUAUUAUCUAUUCCGGAACCUCCUACUACUCCUCCACCAAAGAUGAAACCAGAUAUACUCGCUGUCAAACCCUCUACGAGCACUGCCAUGAAAGAAAUUGACAUUAAGAAAGAUGAAAACAUUAAUAAGGAUGAUAAAAUCGUUCAAAAUGAAAACGAAGCAAAAGCCAUCAAAGAUAAAAUAAUGUCUAUUCCACUGCCAAGUACAGAACCUAAAGAAAAAGAACCUCAAAAAAUAAAAAUAGAAAAAUUGGAUCCCGCUCCCGAAAUGUCUAUAUCCAACAUGGAACCACCUUCUAGUCCAUUAAUUGACACUGAAGAAGACAAAUCGGAGCCAGAUAGCCCCGCCCGCAUUGACGUCUUACCUGAACCGCCUCCGGCGUUUUUAUUGCAGUCGGAAGGCCCGAAAAUUGCCGAGAAACUCCUUAAAGCUAUUAACAGUGCUAAAAGUUUAUCUAUGUCGCCACCGCGAGCGGAGGAUCGGGUGGAAAUGCCUAAGAAGGAUAUCAAAGUAGAAGAAAAAUUACCGCCUAUGACAGUUGACACAAAGCGAACUCUUACUAAACCGGAACUACUGAAACCUUUGACAAAACUCGACCCAGUUAAAAGGAUGAGUCCCGCUGAAAUUACAGAAUCUAUCUUUGGGGAGCCUUCUAGCGUAACGGAUAUAAAACGUGAGAUACCCGAGAAUAAGAAGGCGAAACCUAAAGAACCGACGCCGCCAAGAUUACAGAGUCCGCUUGAUAUACUAGAAAGGCGCAAGAGCGUCGCAGACUUACCGCUGAGUGCACCAGGGAAAAAUAAAGUUCUAAGUGAUACGAUUCAGAAGCUGUCCAGUCAGAUAAACCAGUCAGUGGUGGCGGCCACCAUACCCUUGCCACCUUUCCCACCGGACGACCGCAGCGAGUCGAGCGAUUCCGAUGAUUCCGAUAGAAGAUUGAUUAUCGACAAGUUGGCGGUGGAAGAGUGGGGCAGUGGUAGUGGCAAUAGUGGGGGCAGUAGCAACAGUAAUAGUGUUGCGGUCAUCACGGGUAGAACACAAACUGCCGCCGCGAGAGCUUUACAUGCCGGAAAAUCCCCGGGAGAAUGGAGCGCUGGAGAAUCACUACUUAUGCUGGAAGACGCUUGUAAAAAUGAACGGAAACAUAGCGCAAGCGUGGUCGUCGCGGGGGGCGCGCGAGUGAGCGCGGGCGGCGCGGCGGAGGACGAGGGCUGCGCGUCGCUGCUGCUGUGCGAGGAGACCAUCCCCGGCUCGCCGGCGCCCGACGCCGAGCCCGCGCCGCCCGCGCGCGCCGCGCUCGCCGCGCACCUGCCCUUCGCCUGCGCGCCGCAGCACGCGCACGCGCACAGCCACAAGCCGGAGGAGAGGCGCGGGGCCGCCGGUGAGGCGGGUGCGAGCGGUGCGGAGGGCGCGCGCGAGUGGGCGCGGCUCGACAACACGCCGCCCACCACGCCCGACAGCAGCCCCGACCUGUCGCCGCACAGAGAAAGGCGAAUAUCGGAGAGAGAUAGUCUGUCAGACAGAAAAGGAGACGAAGAAGGUAGCCGCUCACAAAAUGCCUCUCACGAUGUUGACAAGCCACAUGGUAAGUUAUGGAGCGCGCGCUCGCGUAAGACGUCGGAGUCGUCGGGCGUGGGGCGCACGCGCUCGCGCCGCGCGCGCCGCGACACGGACGAGCCGUCGCACCAGACGCCGGAUAAGUACAACUUUCUCAUCGACCUCGAUCCUUCCUGGGAUUCUCUUACCCGCAUCAAUGUCCUGAGAGCGCAGAUAACCGAUUUGCGAAAAGCUUAUCAUUCCGAAAAGGCCGAACUGGCGAUUAUUGACCGCCGCCGUAAGAAAAUACGACGCAAGGAGCGAGAGGCUAUCAAGGCGGCAAAAGCAGCGUGUUCAUGAUGAAGGAUUCUAUAAGUCUGCAAGAUGCAGAUUUCAUCUCUAAUUAGAUUAAAUAUGGAUGACCGGUUUAUUCGUUGUAGAAUAGACGUCGUUGAUUGCGAGGAAGAUUAUGUUGCCUGCUAUAUUCAUGCAACGUUCUAUAAUUUUCUAUUUUGUUUUAAUACCUUGAAUAAAAAUAAGUGUUUAGUAUGAGAAAUUAUUUCUUUGUAUGAUAUACAUAUUUCAGUGUGUGUAAAAUGUAUAACUGAGUGCAUUUAUAUUAUUGAGCAAGAAUAUGAAAUUCUAAGUUUAGAUAUAAUUAAUAGCAAUUAUCAUAAUAAAUAAGGAAAUUAGUUGUUA